AUGGCAUCGCGAGAAGGACGCAUAUACGUUGGCAAUUUGCCGAUAAAUAUUCGUGCCAAGGAUGUGGAAGAUAUUUUUUCGAAAUAUGGCAAAGUGUUAUAUGUGGACUUGAAGGAUCGUCGUCCCCCAUAUUUUGCCUUCGUGGAGUUCGAAGAUCCGAGGGAUGCGGAUGAUGCGGUUCGCGGGCGAGACGGAUACGACUAUGAUGGGUAUCGGCUGCGAGUGGAAUUCCCACGUGGUACCGGGCCUCGAGGACCCGGCGGACGCCCGUACGAUGCGGGUCGUAGCUUUGCUUCGCCACGAAGUAGUUUAGGUGGAGGGAGCAAUUCUGGUGGCGGUCGACGCACGAACUUUCGUGUCAUUGUUUCGGGUCUUCCAGCCUCAGGUACAAACAUGUCAUCAUCCUAUGGGGAUGUUUUGGAUACAGACCAGCGUGCAGCAUCAUCCCAGGAAGCGUGA